GGUCACACCUCGGUAUAACUCUCCCAUGAACCCUUUCGAGAGUACCAUUUCGAUGAACAUGCAGGGCCAGUUCACCUCCUCAAACACCCACAAGUACUCCGUUAUUCUCCCAACUUACAAUGAACGCAAAAAUUUACCAAUUAUAAUAUGGUUGCUGGCCAAAACAUUCAGCGAAAAUCAACUUGCAUGGGAGAUCAUUGUUGUCGAUGAUGCUAGCCCGGAUGGUACGCAAGAGGUCGCAAUGCAGCUUGCCAAAACCUAUGGAGAAGAUAAAAUUAUAUUGAAACCUCGCUCAGGGAAACUUGGCCUGGGGACAGCAUAUAUCCAUGGUCUCAACUUCUGCAGUGGAGACUUUGUAAUUAUCAUGGAUGCAGACUUUUCUCAUCAUCCUAAAUUUAUACCUCAAUUCAUCCGACUACAGCAGUCACAUAAUCUGGAUAUAGUGACUGGCACUCGUUAUCGCUCAACAUCAACGCCCUUCUUGUCUGAGGCUCGACCUGGUGGUGUACAUGGAUGGGACCUGAAACGAAAGCUGGUAUCGCGAGGUGCGAACUUCCUGGCAGCCACCGUCUUGAAUCCUGGGGUCAGCGACUUGACAGGGAGCUUUAGGUUGUACCGACUACCCGUCCUUCGCCAUAUUAUCACCUUGACUCAGUCGCGGGGGUACGUAUUCCAGAUGGAAAUGAUGGUACGUGCACGCGCGCUGGGAUACACGGUUGGGGAGGUGCCGAUUACCUUUGUGGACCGUAUAUUUGGAGAAAGCAAGCUUGGUGCAGACGAGAUAGUGGGUUAUGGGAAGGGAGUCUGGUCGUUGUUCACGAGUGUAUAAGCGCAAGUCUCGAAUGCAAUGAUACCACGUUUGAUCGAGAGCACGUUUGAAAAUGUCUCAGUUGCCGGCGGUAGUAGACCAAGGUGGGAAUGAUGUCAUUCUUUGUCAGCCAGAUCAUGGGUGGAUCGGUAUAUGACUCGCAGUCCGAUUUUUUUUGCUAUCCACUCCUCUCUUCUGCUUUACCAUCAUGAGCUUGCUGCAAGGCGUCCUUAGAUCCCAAAAAGUUGAUUCUCUUGAGCGGAAUUUCUCCAAUAUCAGAAUUAACCAGCAAGCCCCGGCGAACGAUGAUUCUGAUGACGAGCUUAUCAAUGUCACUUCGACGCCAGGAACACCUGCGCGCUCUCGGGCGCCAUCCAGACCAUCAUCUCGACCUACAUCGCGGGCGUCGUCUCCAACUCGAGGGGCGUAUGCACGGCCUGUUCCACGGCCUCUCCAUCUGACGAAAAAGUCAUCGAGUGAUCCGCUUAGAACAUUCACCACCGAAGUCUCCCAGAGAAUUUUUCGUCAUCUGAACAUCGUCGAUCUAGCUACCUGUGCCAGGGUUUCCAAGAAGUGGAAUCGGAGUCAGACUAUAAACUAUGUCUGGUUCCAGCAUUAUCGUCGAGAGAACUUCCACGAUGAAAGUCUACCUCCAGGGAAGUGGUCAAAGAGAGAAUCUAAACAGAACUGGCGGCUUAUCUAUCUUCAAUCAAAUUCCAAUCGGACACCACCAUCAGGGCCUCUAUACUCCCCUAGUUCGAAGCCUUCAUCUUCCUCUGUUUCGGGUUACCACACACCCAAAGAACUCAAUGAGGAAAAGUGGCGGUUGGAGGCAGAAGGACAGAGCAAGCCAAAUAAGGUUGAGAUGAGAGAGAUGUACAAGGAGCUAGGCGGUCGGAAGUCGAGGGGCAAGACUAAACUGGGUAGCUCAGGAAUUCGAGAUAGGGCAGGUUGGGGCGCUGAUGAUAAUGGAUAUUAGUGGCGAUAGGGGCGGUCACUCCUUGCCAUCUGUAUAUAUUCAGCGGUGCACUAGCAUUGCUUUUCCUAGAAUACUAAUAUUCUGGUUGGAUAUCAUGACAUUGUCCGCAUCAUACCAAAUUUCCGUCGAACGAGUUUACGCUCUUGUAGAAAAGACAAAUACUUCCAGAAUCUGUGUUGAUAAGCAUGUACAUAU